CGUAAAAACAACAAUCUCAAAUGGAGUUUUAUCAGUUUUAUUUAACAAAUAAACCUAUGCAGGAUUUCGAAAUGCAGCUUUACUAAAUCUUCAUUAAAAAAUUGAAGUCCCUACAGUGAAAAACAGUGGUUAAGUGUAAAAAGGAAGGUUUCUAUCCAUUAUUUUUUUAUAAGCAAGUUUAGCAUAGUAAUAAAUAAUGUCGCGCCAAGAUGACGAUGUCGACUGUGAUAGAAUAUUAGAUAAUAAAAAUAUAGAUUUGAAUAGUUAUAGGAAGCUGGUCAAGUCUUACAUUGAUUUGCACCUUUAUAGUGCUGCCUUAUUUUGGGCAGAUAAGGUUUUAUCCUUAAGUAAUGGAAGUCCAAAAGAUGUAUGUAUGCUUGCACAAUGUAUGUUUUCUUUGAAACAAUAUCAUCGAGCCGCUCAUCUUAUCAGAAGUCGUGGUCUUGAGAAGAAGGACGUAAUGUGCCAUUACUUGGCAGUAAGGAGUUUGCUUGAAGCGAAUGAAUUCACAGAGGCCUUGCAAGUGAUAAACGAGUUUGAAAUUUGCAAUAAUAUGUCGCAGUUAAGUACCAGUUUUGCAGAUCACGCUAACGUUUUCGAUGCUCCAAAAAAUGUACAAAGUGCUAUUCUUUACGUGAAAGGAAGAGUGUACGAAGCAAUGGACAAUCGAGCAAUGGCAACAGAUUGUUACAAACAAUCUCUUCAGUGUGAUGUUUUUUCAUACCAAUCUUUUGAAGCUCUCGUCCAAAAUCAAAUGCUCUCGGCAGCCGAAGAAAAGGAACUUUUAGAAUCUUUACCUCUCAGUGAGCAGUGCUCGGAAGCCGAAGCUGAAUUCUUACGUCUCUUGUAUGAUAGUAAAUUGAAAAAAUAUCAAGAACCAACAGAAAGUCAAGCGGUCGCUUCUUGCGGAGUUAUGGGCGUUCUCGUUACUGAUCGAUUGAGAGGAAAUCUCGAUAUGCAGGUUUCAGAAGCUGAACGACUCUAUUAUAACUGUGAUUACCAACAGUGUUUCACCCUUACAGAAAGUAUUCUAAAGAAAGAUCCUUAUCACAAUGGAUGUUUACCUGUUCACAUCGCCUGUUUAGUAGAGUUAAAGAAAACGAAUGCCUUAUUUUACAUGGCUCACAAACUCGUAGAUCUCUAUCCGGACAUGGCAUUGGCUUGGUUUGCCGUUGGUUGUUACUAUUUUAGCAUAGGUAAAAGCGAUCCAGCUCGGAGAUAUCUCGCAAAAGCAACAGCCCUCGACAGAUUAUUUGGCCCGGCUUGGUUGGCAUAUGGACAUUCGUUUGCUGUUGAAAACGAGCACGAUCAGGCAAUGGCCGCUUACUUCAAAGCCUCGCAACUCAUGAAAGGUUGCCACCUUCCCCUUUUGUACAUUGGCCUCGAGUGUGGACUGACGAAUAAUCUCAAACUGGCCGACAAAUUUUUCCAGCAGGCACAAAGUAUUGCGCCCAAUGAUCCGUUUGUCAUUCACGAGACGGGAGUCAUUUCUUAUCACAAUGGAGAGCAAUUUUUUUAUAGUUUCAAAACGGCAGAACGACAAUUUAAGGAAGCAAUGAAAAAGAUUCAAUCUGGACUCAAGGACGUCAUUUUGCCUAACAAGUGGGAGGCUCUGCUUAACAAUUUGGGACACGUAUGUAGGAAAAUGAAAAAAUACGAAGAGGCUUUGGAUUAUCACCAGCAGGCUCUGGUGCUUAAUCCACUAAAUCCAUCAACAUACUCAGCGAUUGGAUUUAUUCAAGCGAUGAUGGGAAAUUUACAGGACGCGGUAGAUUCUUGCCACAGAGCUCUGGGUCUCAAAAGGGACGAUACUUUUACCACAACUUUACUAGGGUAUUUAAUGGAGCAAUUAAUCGACGAAUCUCCGGCUUAUCCCGAUGCGCCUGCAGAGACGCCAAAGUAUCAGCCCGUUCAGAAAAAAGCGAAAGAAGCCUCAGAAGAAAAUCCUACGGGUUCUGCAGGACCGCAGGAUGAAAAUAUGGAUAAAUUGAGGGUGAAAUUAUUCUGGGGAGAAGAUUCAGCGAAGACUGAAGACAAUUCUGCGGAAAGAAUAGAACGAUCCCGCGAUUCACUAGUGAAUUAUUCGUCUAGUGAUAUGAGUUCCGAAGUGGAAAUGUUAGACUCGUCGACGGCUCAUAUAGAGUAUAACUGAAUAAAUUAAUUUCUUUAUCAUUGAAAGACUAAUUCGUGAUUUAUAGACUAUCUUUACUUUCUUAUCGAUUUCUUUUACGUGGUUUUUUAACGUCCUUGCUUCUAUUUUCAAUUACUUUUGAAAGUUAAAAAGAAAAAGUUUUAGAAUUGGCUUCCAAACGUUAAACUUGGGAAAAUAUUUUCCGAAAUUUAAAAAACAAUUUAUGAAUUUAUU